AUGGACGCCAUGGACCGACUCGCGUGCCAUGUCAUCUAUGUUAAUCGCGAAGUCGGUGAGGAUCGCCUCAUUCAGGCCGCCCCCGGCGAGUCCUCGUCGCAAUUCUCCCCCGAUCGGAAACACGAUGGCCUGCGAGAAACGGUCCAGCCUCUUCUCGACGCCUUUGGCGACGUUCACGUUUGCGCCACCGCCAACUCGUGCUUGUCCAAGUUGUUCGAGCUUCAAGACGAUUCAAUGAUGGACAUGACUCCGACACUGGUCCUGCUGGAUACCCCCCAUGACCAGCAGUUGCAAGAGCCCCGGACGCUGUCCCACUCUUCUACCAACGGACCCGACUCAUCCUCUUUGACCGGAACCGCCGAGAUCCACAGGCCCGACGAGGAGCUAUAUGGCCUGACCUUGCUGCAGAAAAUCAUCACGGAAGCCCACCUUCGGAGCAUGUCAAAACUUAUUGUUCCAAUCCCCCUCAUCAGCUACCCCAACUCCGUCGCCUCCGCCCCUGGCGAACAGAUGACGGAUGGCGCGGUGGAGACCGUUGCCGCUGAUGCUGGCAGCCUCGCUUUCCAUCGCCAGCUGAUAAGGAGAUGUCUGGACUUGGGAGCUGUCGAUGUCAUCGUCAGUCCGCUGAGUGCCAAGUGCGUCACCUCGCUCGAGAUUUGUGCCUACAAGGCACACCGAGACGCUGCGCGCGAGCAGCAGGCGCAGAUGGAGAUUGCCAAGGGCCGAAAGCGCUCGUGGGUCGGCGUCAAUGAGCAGAAGCCUUUCGCUUACCUGCGCGAGGCCAUGGUCUCGGGGCUCAUGAAUGGCAUUUGUCGCAUGGACGAAGAGAGCCAGCAGAUUGCUGGAGCUCAUAUCGCCGUUUCGGCGGAGCGCCAGGCUGAUAUCGCCGUGGCCGUUGGCGAGUGGCACUUUUGCGCGCACUCCUUCUCCGACGAUGAGCUGCUGGUCGCCGCCUUGGUCAUGUUCAAGCACGCUUUGACGGUGCCGGACCUCGAGCGCUGGCAAAUUCCCACCGAUCAACUAAUCAGCUUCUUGGUGGCCUGUCGUGCUGCGUAUAACAGUUUCGUCCCCUAUCACAACUUCCGCCAUGUUGUGGACGUACUACAGGCAACUUUUAACUUUCUCGUCCACGUUGGCGCUCUGCCAGCAUAUUCUGCGGCUCAAAAGUCGAGACAACCGGCCGACCGGUCACCUUUAGCGGCGCUGCUCAGCCCGUUUGAGGCACUGACUCUCCUAAUCACGGCCAUAGGCCAUGAUGUCGGCCACCCAGGCGUCAACAACGGCUUCCUCUCGACGCUCAACGCCCCCUUGGCACAGCUCUACAAUGAUCGAUCCGUGUUGGAGUCGUUUCACUGCGCCGCCUAUUCUCAGAUCCUCCGCCGAUACUGGCCCGCGGCCUUUGAAGAUCGGAAAAUGCGCGACUUGAUGAUCAGCUCGAUUCUCGCGACAGACAUGGGCCUUCAUUUCGACUACAUGAAGAAGCUGGGUGAUGUGCAGGAAAAGCUCCACCACAACAACAGUUCGGAGGGCUGGAACGGCCGCCAGCAGGAGGAGUAUAAGGCACUGGCUUGCUCGCUCUUGAUAAAGUGCGCCGACAUCAGCAACGUGGCGAGAAAACACAGCACUGCUCUUCAGUGGAUGCACAUCUUGGCAGAGGAGUUUUCUCGACAGGCUUCUAUGGAGGAUGAGCUGCAGAUCAAGACGUCACUCAUGGCGACUCCGAAGAAGGAUCUGAUAUCCCUGGCAACCGCACAGCUUGGCUUCAUGAAUAUGUUUGCGAUCCCCUUAUUCCAAGGCGUGGCCGACAUCAUGCCAGCGAUGCGGUACACAGUGGAAGAGCUCGAGGCGAAUAAGGUUCUUUUCGAGCAGAAGGUGCAGGACGCAAAGGCCAGCCAGCCGAGGACCGAUGCAGAGAGGAUACGGGCGGACCGCGAGGGCACCUUCUCUCCACGGACCAGGAGCUACGUGGCGGACACCGAGAACGGCGACAAGACUCAGGGUCCUCAGGCCGGCACCCCGCGCGUCAUGACAGAUGGCGUGUCAGAGAGCAACAUGACGCCCACGGCGAUGAACGACGUCGAACGCCACGGCGAGCAACCAUUGCCGACGGCGUCGGCGCUACGCAACGCUGACGAGCGAACGGAUCUCAAUGGCUUGCCCUCGUUUGAUACCGCGGGCAGCGAUCCGUUCAACAACCGGAACCGGGGCGAUAGCGGGGCAGACAGCAAAACAUCGGUACCUUCAGCGCGGCAACGAUGCAGCGAGGCGACCGAGGGGAGCGCAGCAGGGGCAUUCGCGGGCGACUGGCAGUCGCAGGCCACGAGCGCAGCGACAGGCAAGGCGGCUCUGUCGCCGAGCACGCAAGGCACAAGCAUUGUCAGCAACGAAUCGAUGGAGAGGACCCUCAGCGCUCCGGGUCUGAGCACUUCGCGUCCAGGCACGAGUAAUCACAGCUCUCCAGCGACGUCUUCUCAGCGACAGAACGGACGGAGCGAGGAGGAGCCGCUCGCUGUCGGCAGCAUAGGCAAGGCCGAGGGCAAAUCGCUGAAGAAGAGGCCGAGCCGAUUUAGGAUGAAGGACUUUCCCUUCUUCCGGCGCAACAAGGGCUCGAGUCCCUCGUUGGCGGGCACGGACACGUCAAACUGA